CACAGGCAGGCAGGACAGCAGCAGGCUGCUCUUCCUCUGGAGCGCUCUCCCCUGCUACACCAAUACAGACUGCUACAACUGUCUUGAUUUUUACCUCUUUAGUGAGUAUCAAACAUGGAUGCUUUCCAAAGAAUCCUGAAGUUCUUUAUGAACCAGAAAACUGCUAUAGGUUACAGUUUUAUGGCGCUGCUGACAAUGGGAGGUGAACGUGUGUUUUCUUUUGUUGCUUUCAGAUGCCCCUGCAGCAAUGAAAACUUCAGAUACGGUUUGGCGUUUCUCUUCUCCCCAGCUUUUGUUUUGCUAAUUAUUGGAUAUUUUGUGAACAGCAAGACCUGGAAACUAUUUACAGGCUGCUGGGUGAAUCCCAGAAAAAUAUUCCCCAGAGGGAAUACCUGCCACUUCUUUUACGUCUUUGGACAAAUUACUCUGAAUGCUCUGGUAGCCCCAGUGAUGUGGCUUUCCGUGGCUUUGCUCAACGGGACUUUUUACGAAUGUGCCAUGAGUGGCUUGAAAAAUCCUGCCUACUUACAUGCAGUUUGCUACAGCAAAUCUGAAAAGUGCUUUGAAGAGCUACACAAGGUAGCCUGUGACAAAAGCUCCAUGCCCCUUUCAGAGAGUGACGAACUGAAACGAACUCUUCAAGCACAGUCCCAGAUUUUAGGCUGGUGUGUGAUAGUUACUACAGCUCUUCUCUCCCUGCUAACCACUUGCUGUGCUAGCUGCCAGUCAAAAGUCAGCCACCUCCAGCUGAUGUUCUGGAGGGUGUACACGGAGAAGGAAAAGGAGCAAAUGGAGCAGAUUUUCCAGCUGUAUGCUACCAAGCUGAGUGAGCGAAACCUGAAGUGCUUUUUUGAGAACAAGGAACCAGAAGCGAUUCCCCUGCCAGCUUUCCAGGCAUGGGAAGAUGCUUCCCAGCUCUACUCCUUCAGCAGCAGCAAACAGCAUUAUAGCACAAUUCACAAGCUAGUUGAAGAGGGCCAAAAAGAAAUCAAGGAGGAAAGAGAGACAACGCUGGACUUUGUAGACAGAAGAGAAGUACCAUAGAUCAAAUACAUUUCCAGCUUUUUAAUAUUUUGCUAUUAUAGCAUACUUUUAGCUUGUUUCAUCUCUAUAUUUUUUCACAACAGCCUCUUUCUUACUUAUCACAUUCCCUUCCAGUUAUAAACUUGCUCCAAAAGGAUGGAAUGAAAUUAUUUCCCUACAAUGAGUGAAAAGGCUGCUGUCCUUCAAGGCACCUAGGGUUCAUGCUUUACUAUGGUUGCUGCCUCCAGAUCAAGACUUGACAGCAAAAAGAAAUCAAUAAUGACUUCUACAAGAAGAUUUUAACAAUAUCCUAAGUAAAAGCUACCACAGUAUUCUUGUCCUAUGUAAAUCAAAAGGCUAUCAUAAAGUAACAUCAUUUAAAAGGUGUGAAUAUAAUAAUACACAUUGUGUGUGGUUUUAAGGUUUUGCUUCCAGAUCAUUCCCAGAUCAUUUGCAGGUGCAGGUUUGUUUGGAAGCAUCAGUGGUCACCCAAGGCACCUCAGCAUCUUUGGACUCCUGUUGCACCUAGAACACCAUAGAUGGUCACAGUAAUCAGCCCUGGUCUUCUAGUCCCUGAGACAUCUGCAUGGGAUGUGUGGCAGUGACCACUAUUGAGGGUGAGGUGUCAGGUAAUUUUUUAGACAAACCUUACAGCCAAAUUGUAGGGUAGCAUUACCAAAUGGUUUGGUAUUUUUGCGUUUUUGAUAAAAAAUAACAUGAUUUGAAACAAAUCAGUU